GGGCGCUCGCGCAUGCUGACGAGGAAAUGGAGAGUUGUGUUUUAUAACCAGCAGGUGCUCCCAGAGCCUUCAAGAACCCGCGGCUUAAAGGAGCAGAGAGACAGGGAUCUUCAGUCUCAGAAAGCACUUAAGAGAGAGGAGAAAAAAAAAAAAGCAAAGGACCCAUCAGAGAUUGCAUCUAAAAUGAGCUUAGACUCUUUAUUCCAGCACAUCAUAUUUACUGAACAUCAGGCAGAAGAGAGUCGUCGUUUCAGGCAUGAAGUGCGAGUGGAAAUAAGCAGGUGUCGUGAAAAAAUUCAUAAAGCAACAGAAGAAUUGAAAGAAGAGAAAAUGAAGUCAGAAUCCAAGUCUCAUCAGUUUUCUGAAAAAGCCUUCCUCCUUGAGCUUUUGAAGACUCAUGAAAAUGGCUUAGAAAAACAGUACGCAGAAAUUAAAAAUGAAAGGAGUAGUCUUCUCCAAACCUUUGAGACUAUGAAGAAGAAAAUAAAAGAAGAGGAAGAAAGAUUUACCAAGGAGAUUACAGACUUCAAUAAUGAGUAUGGAUUAAUAAAUAAGAGAGAACUUUUGAUUAAAGAAAAAGUCAAGAUUGAAAUAUCUGAUUUAGAGCAACAGGAAAAUAUUUUGAAAAGUGAAAUAAAGUCAAUGGAACAUAAGAGUAUCCAGUUAAAUGAACUUCAGCUACAGAAGAAUGAAUUGAUGCAGGAAUUAUUUGUUCUUCAGAGAAAACUUAAAGUUUUUGAAAAUAAUGUAAACGAAGCCAUAUGUACCACCAAAUUUUUAGAGGAAGAAAAAGUCAGAAUCAGUGAAAAACCUCAGAAUGAUCCUGAAUGUAUAAGGCUUAAAAAAGAACUAGAACUUUAUAAGGAAGAAGACAUGGAAAGUGUUUAUGAAGCUCUCCGAUCAGAAAUAGAAUUUUUGGAAUUGACAUUGUCACAGAAAAGUCUUCAAGCAAAACAGUAGUUCAUGGAAGGCUGAUCAAGACACAUCACUAAAUUAGAUACUUUUAAUGCUGAUAUGAAUAAUACCCAUCAUAGCAGAUUCUUGAAAAGCGUUGAAUCAGGUUGCUGGAGAUACCAAGAACUGUUUUCUUGACAAUUUGAAAUAAUAAGCAUAUAUACAGAGAGAGAGAGAGAGAGAGAUAGUUCUUUAUGAGAUUUUUGGUGAAGUACAUUAAGGGUUUGGGGGGUAGAUAUGAUGUCCUCAGGCCCUUCCGCUCUAGCUGCUGAUUCGUCAUUUCUAUACUUUGUAGAGUAUAUAUAAAUCUCUCCUUUCCAUUCCUUACCACAACUUGAUCUUAGAGUUCAUCAUAAAUAUACAUAGGAAAAAAUGCUCUGGUUAUUGACCCAGUUUUGCCAUUGCCAUUUUCAUGCAAGUUUCCCAACUUUCUUCUAAUAAAGACGUCUACUGAGAGAGCACCUCUGAGGCUGCUGAGCUUCAAAAGCCAAUUUUCUCCCCAUUCCUAUAACAAAGGCCUUAUGCCCAUAGCAGUGUUCCAUCCAACAUUUUUUUAACUGGCAUAUUUUUUCUUUCUAAUCCUAUUGGUUAGAAAGGGAAACAAUUUACUUGGCGGAGAUGUGGAAACUCAAGAAUUCAUAUGUAGUGGUGACUAAAAACGUUUUAAAAGGGAGCAGUUUACUCAAUGAAUUUUUAUUUAGUGUAGUAGGAACAGGAUCACCCAUAAGCUUUUGGAUUAUGUUUUUUAGCUGUUAAUGAAAUUUUGGUCUCUGUUUUCACCAAUAUUAUAUUUGUUUAGACACUACAUUUCUAUAAAGGAAGGUUAUUUGUUGAUUUCUGAAAAUGGAUAGAAAUAUCAAUUGUCCUGCCAGUAAAUCAGUUUAGAAGAAUACAUAAUUUACUUUUGGAAAUGGAUUAUCUUCUGGAUUCUGUUUUCAAGCUGCGUUUUGCUUUAUUGUUGAAGGGGGAAUUUCUUGAUUGUCAUUAGACACAACACAUUUACAAAUCUAAGAUCUUAUGAAUUAAUGUAAAAUGUAUAAGUAGUUUAAUAGGAAGCUUUAAUUUGAAAAAUGCUUUUUUAUUUUUUUCCACAUGUAUGGGAAAAUAAGACUUAUUGAUCAAAAUAGCUGUUGAUGUAUAGGAACCAAAUAUAAACUAACAUUGUCUUAGAGUAUGAACAAUAUGUAUAUUUUAGGAAUUACUAGCCCUUUUAUUUUAUUGUAAUCCUUGUAAAUCUUUAUAUUUAAAUUAAUAGUAUUCUA